GUAAUGGUGGACGAGGAGCAAGUCUGCUUGUGAUUCACGUCUUCUUGUUCAAACUAUCGUAUUUUAAACUUGAAAUACGACAAAAAUGCUUUCUUUACGGAGAGCAGCAAGCAUCUUUACAAGAAGAGGUCGCAUGGUAGCUCUUAGAGCAGGUUUCUGUCAGGCACGUAAUUUUGUUCAAAGGAAACCAUCCCUGACAUGGAGUCCAAGUAAAAGUCUCAACGUUACGAGAUGUAUAUUACCAACAAUUUCCAGUUCUCGACUGUUCAGCUCUAAUGGUCUACCACCACAUACCAAGGUACCCCUCCCUGCCCUAUCCCCAACCAUGGAAUCAGGUUCUAUUGUAAGCUGGGAGAAGGCUGAAGGCGAUGAGCUAGCAGAAGGGGACCUUAUGGCACAAAUUGAAACAGACAAAGCAACAAUGGAGUUUGAAACGCCCGAAGAAGGUUACUUGGCCAAGAUAUUGGUCCCGGCUGGCUCUAAGGAAGUCCCCAUUGGAAAGCUGCUUUGUAUUAUUGUGGCAAAUCAAGAAGAUGUAACAAAGUUUGCUGACUAUGUGCCUGAAGAAGACAAAACAGCAUCACCCAAACCUGGAGAGGCACCAGUAGCAGAAGCCCCUUCUUCAUCCCCUACUCCAUCAGCCACACCCACACCCUCUCAACCAACACCUACCCCUGCACAGCCAGCUUCACCUGUUACAAGAGGUGCAGGAGAUAGAGUUUUGGCCAGCCCCCUAGCUAAAAGAUUAGCUCAAGAACAAGGAAUUGAUCUCUCUGGUAUACAAGGAUCAGGUCCUGACGGUAGAGUAAGAGCAGGUGAUGUCAAGAAUGCAGCAUCAGCAACUCCUACGGCAGCUGCUCCACCAGCACCUCCAGCAAUGCCAGGUGCAGCUUAUGAAGACAUCCCUCUUACCAACAUGAGACAGGUCAUUGCAAAGAGGCUUGUAUUGUCAAAACAGACUAUCCCUCAUUACUACUUGUCUUUGGAUAUUGCAAUGGAUGAGUUAAUGGCCAUAAGAAAACAGUUAAAUGAACAAUACAAAGGAGAGUUUAAGUUGUCAGUCAAUGACUUUAUCAUCAAAGCUUGUGCUCUUGCAUGUAAAAAAGUUCCUGAAGCCAACUCCUCCUGGAUGGGAGAGUUUAUUAGGAAGUAUGAGAAUGUUGAUGUGUCUGUUGCCGUCAGUACAGAUAAUGGUCUUAUAACACCUAUUGUUUUUGAUGCCGAUAAAAAGGGUUUAUCAUCAAUCAAUGCAGAUGUUCUUUCAUUAGCUGACAAAGCAAGAACCAAUAAACUUCAACCACAUGAAUUCCAGGGUGGUACUAUAACCAUAUCUAAUCUAGGUAUGUAUGGUAUAAAGAACUUCUCCGCUGUAAUCAAUCCACCUCAGGCUUGUAUAUUAGCAGUGGGAGGUACUGAAAAACGAGUUGUUGCCGAUUCAAGCAACGAAAAGGGAUACAAAUUAUCAGACACAAUGUCUGUUACUCUGAGCUGUGAUCACAGAGUAGUGGAUGGUGCUGUUGGUGCACAGUGGCUGGUCACUUUUAAGAAGUACCUGGAAAACCCUCUGACUAUGCUGCUAUAAUUCCAAACAGAUAUGAGUUUUCCACUAUUUCCAUUGCUAUGCACUGAUCGAGACAGUUGCACCGUAAAGGUACCAAACAAUUUAUUUGAUUGACAGCAGUGUAUUGCCAAAUUUGCCUGUUGCGGCGGUUGUCUCGAUUAAUGCGUAGCAAUGAAGAACACUGGUAACAACUUUAAGAUUACACCUGUUAGAGAUCACAUUUUACUUUUGGCAAGAAUUCGAUAAAAACGUACUUCCAUACUUAAAAUUAAGUGUUCUUGGAGGGUAUUAAUUUUAUUGCUUCUUAAUAAAUGAGAAGUAAUGAUAAAAGGGUAAAUUAUACACCGUGAAAAGAUGAAAAAACGUUUUGGACGCUAGUCCUUCGUCCUUUUACUCUGACGAAGGACUAGUGUCCGAAACGUCAGUUUUUUCAUCUUUUCAUGACGUAAAAUUUACCCUUUUAUCAUUACUGUGUCAUUAGAAACACCAACGCAGCUCACACUAGUUUUUAGCAGGUUAUCUCCUCUUAAUAAAUGAGAAAUUCAUAACCUCUCCCUCCCCUCCCCCUCCCAAAAAAGCAGAUUACAUAAUGAAUGCAAAGUACGAAAUAUGACAGUAUCUAUGAAAUGGAAAAAUGCAAAUUUUUUUUUUGUUUUUUGAUUCUUGUUCCUUUUGUGGCUGGCCAAUCGUUACUACCAUCUUUAACUGCCAUAAAAGAAGAGUGCUUCUUAAAAUAAACUCAGGAAAAAUUAGACAUAAUCUGAACUUAAUUUUAAAAAAUACAUAUUUAAAAGAAAUCUUUUUUCCCAUCUUGGGUAAAAAACAUUUCUCAGCAAAUGUAGUCAUCGUAUUCAAAUGUUUUGACAAUAAUAAAAUCAAAAGUUGCAAUAUUUUACACAUUUCUAGUUUUGUGCUUAUUUGAUAGUGGGAUGUGGUGUUCUGGAAGGGAGAUUCACGGAAAAUACUAGUUUUACUAAUGAUUGCAUAAUAAUGUCUAUGUAUUAGAAUAUUUGUUACUUGUUGGCUCAGUUCUCUGUAGAGUGAAGUCAUGAAACCUGUGAAAUAGAUAUCAGACUAAUAAACAUUAGUAGACCUUAAUUCCAUUGUUUUCUUUUGUGUCUAUUUGACUAUUACAGAUUCACUAGUAUUUUUUAUUUCACGGGUUAAAUGCCUUCCCUCUAAGCUCUGGAUCAACUAGUGCAAAUAAUAAGUUAAAUAUGGAGGCAAUAUUUGUAUUUUUAUUUACGUAAUAAAAAUUGCGAUGUUGAAAUAUCGUUAUUACUAGUCAUGAA